AUGCCUUCAUCCACACAAGCCUCCUUCGUCUGGGUGAAAUAUGGUUUUGUAGAUAAUAUAACAGCGCCAAAGAUGUACAACGCCAAUGUGUCCUGCGCGAUCUUGAGGAGUUUUGUGAAAAAUACUUGCGCGAGGGACAUUGAGGAUCUCUGUAAGCAGAAAUAUAUUCAGCUGGGCAUCGAGCUAGAUGCUCUUAACAAAGCGCUACAGGCUGCCCAGGCACGCAGCGCAGCGAUACCAUUAGCGACAGACGGAUCGUCGACUUCAGUACAUCUUGGAGGUACUAGUUCGCGCCCAUCAAGCGGGGCUGCUUCGUCUCGACCGAUCACGCCCACGAUCCACGCAGAUUCCAAUGGCUCGGCCGAUGAAACUAUAGCGGAGAUCACUGCCAAGAAAGCUACAACCGAGUAUCAGCUCCAAGUGGUCGCUACAGCUUCCAAGUUGGCGAAAGAAUUGGCAACAGGCACGGCUCUGGUUGAUCUCGCGGACGACCAUGGCACUAGACUCAAACUGGACGAACUUGGUGAUGCCCGAGCAAACACAAUCCUGAAAUCUCGAGCGCAAUACACUGCGGUGGCUGUUGCUGUAGACGACAAGGGAUCACCUCACAUCGUGCCACUAGUCUUCAAGCUCCAGAAGAUCUCCACUGAUGCAGCUCCAUCGAGACCAAGCAGCGGUGCGGCCAAGUCCACUGGGGCAACUGCCCCAACAUGA